UUCCAAAGUGCGCUGAAGCCAUAAUGAAUAACUGAGGUUUUUAGAUUGACCCUUAAGCGCGAGCAGAUCUCCCUUUCGCAAGUGGAAACGAGCCCAAAUUUUUAAGGAAGUGCAUUAAUUUCCCGGUGGAGUAUUUGGUUAGCAGUUUCGAAAUUUUGAAGUCUCCUUUUUCCGACCACGCACGUACCUCACAACUUUAAAUAACGAAAGGCACCAAGUCUGGAAACAUCUCUACAGCUUCAAAGAAACGCGUAUUGUCACCAUGAGCCCUAAUAUGUGGAUUACACUGUCGCUUGCAGUUCUCUUAUGCGUAGCAGGUAAGAGUCACACCUCCAACUUUUUAUAUUUUUAUGCGUGGUAUUUUAUUAAACAUUGAGAUUCAACUCAUAACUAAAUUACGCAACAUACUUAGAAUUCUACAAGGAUUUAGAUGAUUUAAUUUUUUUUUUCCUUGUACAUGAACAUUUUUAGUAACCAACGCCCAGUACGUUGAAUGGCCCCCUCGACCAGGAGACGAGGCCAUGACAACUAAUGAACGGAGUAGUGAUUCAACAGAGUACGUUUUGUUGACCAGGUUGAAACCAGCGGAAAGAAGUAUUCCAGAAAAAAAGCUCUUGAAACGAGGCAGCCGCCAAAGUUUCGAUGAAGACUGACCCAGAUUUGUGCAAGAAUAACGA